AUGAAUCCUGACGAAGGUCACAGUUGGGAUAAUUUAACGGCGGACAUUGUCGAGCGUGUUGUUAGCUUCCUGGAUCCAAACGAGGUGGUAUGUACCGUCAAGGAAAUCAAUAAGGCCAUGGCGAGCCAGUUUCGGGAAAAAGUAGCUAUCCGGCUGUCGCAGCCCGUACCCCAUCACGCGUUCAAUAGGCACUGGAGCCGCCCGGAGGCAGUUCACAACUUCGUACGAAGUAAACGCCGAGAUCUUCUACUCCUGACGGCCCGCAGCGGCAGCCUGGCCAACCUGCAGGUCGCCGUCAAGGCAGCGGGCUGCGAGCUCUCCUCGGAGGUCUUCAACGCAGCAGCCGAGAGCGGCAAUAUUGAGAUGUGCCAGUGGCUGCAGGAAGAAGACUGCUUCGACGUUUCUGAGAAAGCGGCAGCAGCAGCUGCCCGAAGUGGCCAUCUGGUAAUGGUCCGGUGGCUGCUGCAACAGGAGCGUGGUUUUGAGCUACGGAGAGCCGGUUCCCAAGCAUUUAUAGCAGCCGCCUUUGCCGGUCAUCAGACUGUGUGUGAGGGGCUCCUGGAGGACGGUACUCCGUUGGACGACUGGACGGGUAUUUUUGAUGCCGCCCGCGGUGGCCAUGUGGGCCUCACAAACAGGCUCCUUCAUCGGAUUGAGUCAGGAUUUGGGUCAAUGCCGGGAGUUAUGGACGAUGUUGUCGACGGAGCUGCAUAUGGCUUCGACCUGGCGGCAUUGCAGCACAUGUACACGAUGUACAGUGGUGAUUUUGGUGAUAAUUUUGGCAACAACACCCUUGCGGAGGCUCUGGUGAGCCCCACCCCCGACUGGCGGGCCAAGGUGGAGUGGCUGCAGGUUCAGGGAUAUCGCUUCGAUGGCAUUGUAAAUAAGGAGGCCCUUGCCAGCCGUCCAGAUGCUGUGGAGCGGGUACAGCGGCUGCUUAUGGAGGUAGAGGAAAAGGAUGUCGUACCAAGGGUCUUCAUCAGCGCCGUACGUGCUGUUAACCUGUCCCUGAUACGCUACUUGCGAGUGGGGAGGGACUGGCUUCCAGAACGCACGAGGGAUGCAUUAACAGUAGCAGCCCGUGCUGGCAACAUGGCGCUGCUGGUCGAGCUGGUGACCUUGGGCUGGCUUCUUGAUGGGUGGACUGUGAUGGCCGCAGUUGAGGGCGGUCACCUGCACAUUCUUAAAUGGAUGGAUGCAUGUGGUGGUCGAGAGUUCAUCCAGGAGCUCGUCCAGAAGUACCAGGCUCUGUUGACACAUGCAACAAUAUCUGGUAGUGUGGAGGUCGUGGAAUGGCUGCUAAACGAGCUAGCCUUGCCCUGGAGUGGAGAGGAGCUUCUUAAUGCAGCAGUGACGGCAGGCAGUCCAGCAGUCUUGGAGUGGCUUGUGGCCCGGGGCGUCCCCAUGGGGGAUGAUGGUGAGCUUUACGUAACGGCAGCACACCAUCACGACCUGGUCAUCCUGCGUUGCCUGAGGCGGCUGGGCUGCCCCUGGGGCCCCGGCGUCUUCAGCCGAGCGGUGUACGACAAGGACUAUGGCAUUACCCUAGAGACCCUUCACAGGGGCAGUACCGUAAAGGUCCUUCAGUGGCUGCGCGCCGAGGGUUGCCCGGUGGACUGGGAGGAGGCCAGGAGCUGGGCCAAGACCAGAAAAAAUCAAUACGUGUGGGAUGAAAACGCUGUUGCUGUUCAUGCCUGGAUUGAGAGCAUAGCGCCGAGUUAGCUGUUGGGACGAGCCAGGGGGGUCUACAACAGUUGCAGAUGUGCGUAUUAAGCAAAGCAAAUAAACAGCAGCGAAUUUCUGUGAGGGAGAGGAAGAUUGAAGACGGCGGGGAGCUGCAAGGGUAUGAUGGGGAGGUUGUUUGAUAGAUGCCUGAUUGGGAAGUGGGAACCUGAACAUAUGUGGUCCCACCGCAAGCCUAUCGUUAGUCUCCUUUAUCACUUGCUUAGUCUGAAGUGCGAGGUAGGAUGGUGCUUAUAGGCGACCUGGCAGCCCUUCAGCCCUCGGCUCGUAUUGGGUGGUUUGCAGGUACUCCCUGUAGUACGGGAAUGCACCCAAGACCAUGUAACACACACACACACACACUCACAGAUGGCCUGAUUGGAGUGAAGUGGAGGGGCAGCAGUGG